GAAUUCGCCUUUUUCCCCCUUGAAGACGAUUUUCGUCGUUCCUCUAGAUAAAAAAGAAACGUCAAAUAAAAAAAAAUAGUGUUGUGUAAAAUGGCGGAUCAAAGUGACAGAAACCAAUUGCCGCCCGGUUGGGAAUGCAGAUACGAUUCCCGAAGUGGCCGUCCUUAUUUUAUAAAUCAUUUUAAUCGAAGUACAACAUGGGAGGAUCCAAGAGUGAGAUAUUGGCAAUAUGCUCAAUAUGUACAGGCUCAAAAUUCAAUUAUUCCAAGUUCUGCGUCAACAGUCAGUACACAAGAAAGUAUUCCGUUGCAGACCGGAGGAAGUGUCGGUGGACAUAUUAUUUAUUCCGGUUCGCACAGAGCACCCCAGGUUUAUCCGACCCCAUCGCCUUAUAAUAAUCCGCAACCUGCGUUCUUGCCUCCGAGUUUGCAGGAUUUGAAGACACCAAUGUCGACACGAUCAAUUAGCGCGAUGACAAAUCGCUUUGGUGAUAUGACAAUUGGCUCGCCAACACCAACUAGAAAUAUGGAGACAAGUUUUAUGCCAAAUAAUUCCGACGCUGAGAUUCAAGUUGCAAAAAUCAAUGCAAUGUUUCCCACUGUCACCGAUACUCAUAUUCGUCUUUUAUUGAAAAAAUACCAUAACAGAGCUGCUUUGGUCAUGAGCGCUCUACAAAUUGAGAAGAAUCCUCUUUGUGCGCCAGGACCUUGUACACCCAUUGGAGUUCAUUCUAAUUACGCGAUAACAAGAUGGCGAGUUCCACGUCAUGCAAUUCACAAUCUGACAUUGAAAGGGUCUCGGCCGCCCCCUCAUUCCCCAAAAAUGAAACUUAGGUACCUGAAAAAUGUUUUUCCAAAAGUUGACGAGACUAUUUUACUUGACAUGUUAGAGCAAAGCGAUAAUAAUGUUCAAAAAGCAUCGGAAAAACUCAUUGAAUUGGGCUAUGAGAAGAAAAAUCCCACUGGUCCAAAUAAAAAUAGUUCCAAGCCAAAGGAAGAAAAAGUGGAAAAUUUGCGGCCAAUACCAACGCCACCACCGCGAAUGAAAAGUUUCGAGGAGAAAAAUAAAAUGAAAGAUCGUCUAAUGGAUAAAUUCAAAUCCGUGCCAGAGAGAGUGAUUUUAUUAGCAAUGGACAGCGUUGAUUAUGAUGAGGAGAGAGCUUCGCAUAUUUUAGAUAUAAUGGUAGCUGAAGAAGCAAUUCGACCGCUCAAUACUUCCAGUAGUCAAAGCAGUAGCCGAAGUGACGAUAGAAAAGAUAGUCCGCCCAUUACGGAAGCAAUUAAAUUAACCGCUUCACCACUCAAGAAAAUUCACAAGGAAAAUGAUAAUGAAAAAUGUAAAAGAUCGAAAACAAAAAUUGAAACACCCAAAGUUUCUAGAGGAACAAGCACUACUGAAGAUAAUGAAUAUCAAUCGCCUUAUCGGUCAAAACCAUCUGGACCAAAUACAGAUUUGCCUCAUGGUGCCGAUAACGAUUUGCUUCUACCAGAUUAUGCUCCAUGGUCGGGACCAAAUCCUGGUCUUUUAUCAAAAAAAUCCUAUUCAAUGUCAUCAGCAGUUGGCCGUGAUUCAUCACUUGUUAAUGGUAAUAAUAAUUGUCUUGCAAAAGGGCCAAAUUUAGAAUUAAGAAAAGGUCCAAUUCGUGGAUUAGCUCAAGGUUCAAUUUAUUCACAAAGAAAUGUUGCCAAUAUUGAGAGUCGUGGUAAAUGAAAUUCGUGUUUUUUCUGAUUUUUCAUUUUUUCCAUUUGCAAAUAAGUUUCAGUCAAAAAAAAAAAUUUUUUAAUUUUUCAUUUAUUUUUUUAAAUAUUAUUUACAAAUUAUUUUGAAAUUUAUUAAAAAUAAUUUCAAUUUUCAAAAUUUUAAUUUCUAAAUUUUAAUUCAAAAAUUUAUUGACAAUAAUUUGAAUUUUGCAAAAUUUUAAUUCAAAAAUUUAUUGACAAUAAUUUGAAUUUUGCAAAAUUUUAAUUCAAAAAUUUAUUGACAAUAAUUUGAAUUUUGCAAAAUUUUAAUUUCUAAAUUUUAUUUCAAAAAUUUAUUGACAAUUUCAAUUUUCAACAUUUUAAUUUCUAAACUUUAUUUUUAUUUUUCAAAUUUUUUUCGCAAUUCAAAAAUUUAAUUCUAGAAUAUAUUUUAUUUAUUUAUUUAUUUAUUUAUUAUAAUUAUUAUUAUUAUUAUUACUAUUAUUAUUAUGAUCAAAUAUUUUCUUAAUGUUAGAAAAAAUAUUUUAAAUUCUUUUUUUAAUUGUUAAUUUUAUUGAAACUGUUUUUUAAUUCCAUUUGUUGUUUAUUUGUUGUAAAUUUUAUUUAAAAAUUUUUUUACGCAGUUUAAAAAAAUUAAUUUACUAUUUUAAAUUAUUAUUAUUAUUAUUAUUAUUAUUAUUAUUAUUACUAUUAUUACUAUUAUUACUAUUAUUACUAUUAUUACUAUUACUAUUUAAAAUUUUUAUUAUUAUUAUUAUUAUUAUUAUUACCAUUAUUAUUAUUAUUAUCAGCAGAUAAUAUUUUAAUUGUUGAUUGUAAUUUAAAGAUUGAAGGGAGAACUUGACCGUUAAUCAAAUGAAAAAGUUCCUUUUGAAUUUCCAGAAAAAAAAAGAAAAGAAAAGAGAAAAAAAAAGAAUGAUGAAAAGUGUUUAAUUUUUGGCGACUUUCUCUCUCAGAAAAAGAAAAAAAAAAUGUAGAUGUUUUCAAUUUUAAUGUUAUUAUUAUAAAUAAUAGAGUGCUAGUCAAUCGCCACUUUAAACCGAGACAAAACUUUUCCGUCUGCGACAUAUCUCUCUCUUUAAAAAAAAAAAAAAAAAAAGAAAAAAAGAUUUAAAAAAAAACAAAAAAAAAAAAACAAAUGACGUAGAAACUGAUUAUUAAGUAUUAAUCAAUAAUUAUAUUAAUUAUUAAAUAUUAAUUAUUAAUUAUUAAUUAAUAGAUAAUUAAUAGAUAAUUAAUAGUAAAUCGUGUAGUGUUUCGUCUAGUUUUUUCUCUCAGUGAAUAUUCAAACAUUCCCAACAAAGAAUGAAAAACAGAAGAAAAAUCUUAACUUUCAAAUAAUAAUUCUAGUCACUUUUAUUUAACUAUUUAAAAAAAAAUAACUAAAAAAGGGAUUUAAUUUUAUUUUUUUUAAAUGAAUAUAUUUGAAAAAUAUUAUUUUCUAUUUUUCUUUCAAACUUAGAUUUAAUAAUUCCCCCGGGGGAUAAUAAUAAUUAAUAGAAAAUAGAAAAUAAAAAAAAAAAAAAAAAAAAAACUCAAUUAGAUUUCCCUCAAGGCAGUAUUAAACAUUUGUGAUGUUAAUUUAAUAAAAAAAAAAUGCG